GAAAUACUGUUCGCUAUGAUUUUCAUCAAUGGCAAUGCGUGAUGGACUAAAAUGGAGGAAAUAUCGAAGUGCUAGCUAACACUUGCUAGAAGCACGAACCACUCUAGCCAACUGCUACCCACGUUCACCCUUGUAUUUUUCAGUAAAAAUGGCUAGCUACCAAACCCUUCGGCAAGACCAUGAGGGAGGAAGACUGAUCCAGGCUCAAUGAAACAGGAAAUAGGCAUCAAUGACACUUGACUGCUUUGCAGAAUAAGCAGUUAUUCUGUAAUGCUAGUUCAAUAACACCUGAGUUGUAUUCGCCAUGACUAUGAGAUCCACUUUGUUUGCUAAUGCAGGAUUUAAGCUGGACACUGAGAGAAUUGACUUUGACAAAUCACAAGUUGGAAAUGCAAAUGUUGUGAACUCCAUAACAAUCAAGAGAGAAACCUGUGACUUUGUCAUAGAUGUCCAUGACGUACACGGGGACAUCCACAACACUGGAGGGGAGAACCUCAGCAAAACUAAGAUCAUAGACCAGAAAUACAUAAUUCGGGCCCCAGUGGUUGCUGCACAAAAUAAAGCAGGAGGGGCACUAGUUCAAGGUGACAAUUGGGAAAGCACAGGGGUGCCGUCAUCCUCUGUCAGACAAAUGGGGGGUGAGGGAAUCCCAAUGAAAGGUAAACACUUUCUGAGUGAUGGUAUGGAUAAUAAAGAGUUGGUUUCAAACAAUAACUCCAAGGAUGCUGAUAGCACCAGAGGGGUCUCCCCUGGAGGAGUUGUCAACACUGCAUCCAUUGAGUUCAGCACAGAGGGCAAGUGGAGGAACAUCAGAAAAACCCCUGCUAACCCCCACACACAGGCCACCUGCCUCCGGCAGAUUCUCCUCCUUCAGCUGGACUUGAUUGAACAACAGCAACAACAGCUGCAGUCCAAGGACAAGGAGAUAGAUGAGCUGAAAGCAGACAAGGAGACGUUGCUGGCGCGUAUUGAGCGCAUGGAGCGUCGCUUGCAGCUGACGAGGAAGGACCCACGUGAUAAGCGCCUAUUUCAGCCACUAGAGCCCUGGACCCCAGAUAAAGAGGACCUGUGGGAUCUAGAAGUGUGUGACAGCCCACAGACUCCCACCCCCAGGACAAUCCCCUUCAGUCGAGGCGGCAAAGGCCUCAAGAGGAAAUUUUGCUUCCUGGACUCAAAAAUCCAGAAGUCACGAGGAGGGAAAGGCUCUAAGUUCACCUCCCCUAAGUCAGAGUGUGGAGCUGGCUCACCAUAUCAGAGGGAGCUGCGCAGUAAAGAGACCCCAGAGAAGAUGGGGUUUGGUCGGUCACCGGUGGAGAGGGAUACUCUGUACCCGAGCAAAGAGGACCCGGAGCGCACCGAUCAGAUGGAGGAGCUCCCUUUCAUGUCUACUACUGAGAUGUACCUGUGUCGCUGGCAUCAGCCGCCCCCCUCCCCCCAACGUGAGCCAUCCCCAUCCCCGAAGAAAGAGGAGGUUGUAGCCAUUCCAUCCUGGAAGGAAAACAGUAUGGAGCCCUUGGAUGAGGAGGCUGCCAGUGACAUCCCAGAGAUGUUGGACGACAGUGUCUUUUUGAAGCGCCAUGCAAAGCUGGAGUUGGAUGAGAAGAGAAGAAAAAGAUGGGACAUUCAGCGUAUCCGUGAGCAGCGCAUGUUUCAGCGCCUCCAGCAGCGCAUGAACAAGAAGAAGGGGAUCCAGGAGAGUGAGCCAGAGGUCUCCUCAUUUUACCCGGACACUGAGGAUGUCGAGUCCAUAAUCAUCACCCCUUUCCUGCCUGUGGUGGCCUUUGGCCGGCCAUUGCCGAAGCUUACUCAACAGAACUUUGACCUGCCUUGGCAGCGAAGCCGCUGCCGCAUCGAGGUGCCCAAAAAACACACGCCACAUCGUACCUGUCGGAAGUGAGGUGGUAUCUGCGUGUGUUAAGCAAAAGAGAGAGCCCUCUUCUCUCCCCAGAAAGGUUCUCUUUUCUUUUGUGGGAUUAGGCUGUCACUGGCGUAGCAUGCACUACUCUCAAUAGUCUGUGGAAAAGUAAACCAUUGUCCUCCGUGUUGUCACUUGCCAGCUGUCUUAGAGAAGGAGCUGUUGUACAUUGGGAAAAUGGCUACCAAAUUUGUUAGCUAUGGUACAUUUGUUGCCCAUGCUACUCAAAAUGAAAGAAUAGCUGUACCCC